UAUAAAAAGGAGGCAGUCGACAAGAAAACGCUUGACACUCCGAGAAUCCUCACUCACAAGUCACUUCUUUCCGCCUCCCGAGGUUGGUUUUGCUAACUUACGCUGCCUCCCCUCAACCUUCUCUAUGUAGUGCUACACUACGCACCCCGCCUUCAACAACCUCCCAAACCCCCCUCUAUGUGCUUACACAUAUAUAUACACAAUACACUUAUCUAUAUCUAUCAUUUUCCUAAAUUAACUUAGGGCUUCCAUUACUCACAUAUUGAAUUAAUCCACUACAUGAUUGAAUUGGAUUUAUCAAAAUUAUUAUAUCGAUGGAUCCGCCAGUGAUGAUGAAUUCAGGUGGUUAUAGGUCAGCAGCAGGAGGAGGAGGUAAUUCAGGAAGCUCAUUAUGUAAUUUAACCGAGAUCUGGCCUUUUCCUAUUAAUUUAAGCGGUGGCGGUGGCGGUGGUAAUGGCAAUACGACGUCGUUUAGUGUUAGCCAGUUAGGUGUUGAUACUAGUGGCGGCGGCGCCGCCUUUGUUAAUGAUGAGGAUAAUGAGGAUGAUCCUAUGUUUGUUGAUCAAAGAAAUAUUAAUAUUAAUAAAAAAAGACGUGAUGAUGAUGAUUCUUCUAAAGCUGUUUCUACUAGCAGCAAUGGCAUGCUUGACAGUGACGGUAAACGUUUGAAGGGGCUGGCGUUAGAAAAUGACAACCCGGAAUCUAAACCGGAAAUUGAAAGAAGUUCUGGGAAGAAAGCGGAAAACAGUGGAAAAGCAGCUGAGCCACCUAAACAAGAUUACAUUCAUGUUCGAGCACGAAGAGGUCAAGCUACUGAUAGUCACAGUCUAGCGGAAAGGGCUAGAAGAGAGAAAAUAAGUGAAAGGAUGAAAAUUCUGCAAGAUUUGGUCCCUGGAUGUAAUAAGGUCAUUGGCAAAGCACUGGUCCUUGAUGAGAUAAUUAAUUAUAUACAAUCACUACAACAACAGGUCGAGUUCUUAUCGAUGAAGCUUGAAGCUGUUACGUCUAGAUCACAGCCAAGCCCCCAAGGAUUUCCUUCAAAAGAUUUUGGUCAACAACCAUUUGACAUGGCUGGGGUUUCAUAUGGAUCACAACCCACACGUGAGUUCAGCAGAGGAUCAUCACCAGAAUGGUUGCACAUGCAAAUUGGUGGCAGCUUUGAAAGAACAUCAUGAGAUUUUACCAUUAUCCGUAAUCAAAUGGUAAUAAAGAUGCCAUGAAAUGGACAAAGCUUGAUUCUACAUGGAGCUAAUGAUUGAGAUACUACUAAAAAAAAUAUAUGCUAUACAGUCAUGAAACUAUAUCUAUCUCCAUAUGUUUGUGUCAGAAGAUGAAGAAACGUCAUAUGCAUGUAUGCAAUACUCUUACUCAUACACCUCGUAGAGUCGUCUAUGUCCUUUUACUUGCAUACAAUAUGUGAUGAAAUUGUUUGUCCUCUGUUUUCUAGAGAAGAAGCAUAAUUUGUAUCGAAAGAACUCUCAUGUACCAAGACUAAAAAGAAUCGUCUAAAUAAAGUUCAAUCGAUUAUACUCCUAAAA